UAUCGAUAAAUGAGUACCAUCUAUAACUUAAUCUAUGGACCACGACAAAUUUUAAUACGUGUAAAUUUAGUUAACUUAAAUUUGGAUAUUCGGUAUUACAAUAACUUUUGACCGAAUAAAUAUUUAAGAAAGAAUGAAUCAGUCAUCGAGCGGAAUUUGGCGAAAGUCUGCUGGAUACAGCAGUUUAAUUACUUUCAGCAUUCUUUUGAUUGCGUGGCUUGCCGGCUUUUCAUCUCGUUUGUUUGCUGUAAUACGUUUUGAAUCUAUUAUACACGAAUUUGAUCCUUGGUUCAACUAUCGUUCCACAGCUUUUAUGGUGCAACAUGGAUUUUAUAAGUUUUUGAAUUGGUUUGAUGAGCGCGCCUGGUAUCCUCUGGGUCGGAUCGUUGGUGGGACUGUUUAUCCUGGUUUAAUGAUAACCUCUGGUACCAUACAUUAUAUAUUGCAUUCAUUGAAUAUACCUAUACACAUUCGAGAUAUUUGUGUAUUUUUGGCCCCAGUAUUUAGUGGAUUAACGUCAAUUUCAACAUACCUUCUUACCAGCGAAUUAUGGUCACGAGGAGCAGGUUUGUUUGCAGCAAGUUUUAUAGCCAUAGUUCCGGGAUAUAUAAGUCGGUCUGUAGCCGGAUCUUAUGAUAAUGAAGGCAUAGCAAUUUUUGCUCUUCAGUUUACAUAUUUUUUAUGGGUCCGUUCCAUAAAAACUGGUUCCAUGUUUUGGUCGGCAGCUACAGCUCUUUCAUAUUUUUACAUGGUGUCAGCAUGGGGUGGAUAUGUUUUUAUUAUAAACUUAAUACCUCUCCACGUGUUUGUGCUACUUAUUAUGGGACGGUACUCACAAAGGCUUUUGACGAGCUAUUCUACGUUCUAUAUAUUGGGUCUGCUGUUUUCAAUGCAAAUUCCAUUUGUUGGCUUUCAACCAAUACGAACAAGUGAACAUAUGGCUGCUUUAGGAAUAUUUGUGCUUUUGCUUUUUAUAGCAAUCCUCCGACAUUUGCAGAGUGUGUUAUCUCGAAGCGAUUUCCGUAAAUUCUAUUUAUUCGGAGGGAUGUUCGCGGCUCUUAUUGUAUUUCUCGGAGUCGUUUUUCUUACAAUAUUUGGAGUUAUUGCUCCAUGGAGCGGACGUUUUUAUUCUCUAUGGGAUACAGGAUAUGCUAAAAUACAUAUUCCCAUUAUUGCUUCAGUAUCCGAACAUCAGCCAACAACUUGGUUUUCGUUUUUCUUCGAUUUGCAUAUACUUGUUUGCACAUUUCCUGUUGGAAUUUGGUAUUGCAUAAAGUCUGUUAAUGACGAGCGCAUUUUCGUGGUGCUUUAUGCCAUCAGUGCUGUAUAUUUUGCUGGAGUAAUGGUUCGUUUAAUGUUAACUCUUACUCCGGUCGUUUGUAUAUUGGCGGGAAUUGCAUUUUCUACGCUCUUGGAAGUGUUCCUUAAAGAGGAUUAUAGCUCGAGAAUUGUUGGCAAAGGAGGAAAUAUAGCUAAUACAGAAAUAGCUGAGGACAAUCAUGUGGAUAAAAAGAACCUGUACGAUAAGGCGGGGAAAAUUAAAUUUCGCCCCAAACACGACGCCCAGCUGGAAACCCAUUGCGGAAUAGGCUCUAAUCUGAAAAGCGUUAUUAUUCUUGCUAUUUUAAUGAUAUUAAUGAUGUUUGCUGUACACUGCACAUGGGUUACAAGUAACGCCUAUUCGAGUCCAUCAAUUGUUUUGGCCUUUCAUAAUAAUCAGGACGGUUCACGAAAUAUAUUGGAUGACUUCCGCGAAGCUUACUAUUGGCUUUCACAAAAUACACCUGAUAGCGCUCGUAUAAUGUCAUGGUGGGACUAUGGUUAUCAAAUAGCAGGAAUGGCAAACAGGACAACAUUGGUUGACAAUAAUACAUGGAAUAAUAGUCAUAUAGCUUUAGUCGGAAAGGCUAUGUCCUCUACAGAGGAAAAGUCAUAUGAAAUAAUGUCUUCAUUAGAUGUCGAUUAUGUUCUCAUCAUUUUUGGUGGAGUUAUUGGUUAUUCAGGCGAUGAUAUUAAUAAAUUUUUGUGGAUGGUACGAAUUGCAGAGGGAGAACAUCCCAAGGAUAUAAAAGAAAGUGAUUACUUUACGGACAGAGGAGAGUUUCGGAUAGAUUCUGAGGGUGCACCUACUCUUCUAAACUGUCUUAUGUAUAAACUAAGUUAUUAUCGAUUUGGCGAGCUUAAACUUGAUUACAGAGGUCCAGCUGGGUAUGACAGAACAAGAAAUGCAAUAAUUGGAAAUAAGGACUUCGAACUUUCUUAUCUUGAAGAAGCAUACACGACAGAACAUUGGUUGGUACGAAUUUAUCGAGUAAAAAAACCGUCUGAGUUCAAUCGGCCUUCAUUAAAACUUGGUGAAAGAACGUUAUCACCGACUAACUAUAUACCCAGAAAGAAUUCCAAACGCCGUAAGGGAUACAUAAAAGGUAGACCAACUGUUAUCAAAGGGAAAAGGAACAACAGUCAAUAAGAAGAUGGAAAUAAAGUACACAGGGCUUUAGACUAAAUUUCUUAUUGUUCAUAUUACUAAAUAAUUAAAAGAAAUAAACCCUGACUACAGUAAUAUAUAAAAAUUAA